AUGCAGAACAAGCAGCUGCCGAACGUUCACUUCCGUAAGGAGUGGGAUCUCCGUGUCCGCACCUGGUUCGACCAGCCCGGCCGCAAGCUCAGCCGCCGUCGUGCUCGCGUUGCCAAGGCUGCCAAGGUUGCCCCCCGCCCCGUCGAGGCUCUGCGCCCCGUCGUCCGCUGCCCUACCGUCAAGUACAACCACAAGCUCCGCAUUGGCCGUGGUUUCACUCUUGAGGAGCUGAAGGCUGCUGGUGUUCCCGCCAAGAGCGCCCGCACCAUCGGUAUCGCCGUUGACUACCGUCGCCGCAACCGCAGCGAGGAGUCUCUGGCCCGUAACGUCCAGCGUCUUAAGGAGUACAAGGCUAAGCUGAUUGUCCUCCCCCGCAACGCCAAGAACCGCACUGCUGAGGAUGUCGCCGCUUACAAGGCUGCUGCUCAGGUCUCUGGCCAGGUUGUUCCCAUUGUUGACAACUACGUCGCUGAGGCUCCCCGUGCCGUUACUGCUGAGGAGAAGAAGGUCGAUGCUUUCAUUACCCUCCGCCGUGUCCGUGGUACCCACAAGGCCAUUGGCCGCACCAACAAGAGCAUCGCCUACUUCAAUGAGAAGAAGGAGAACAGCGCCACCAAGAAGUAA